UAAGAAGAAGGACUGUGUUUGCUUUGCUCCGCCCAGAAAGAAGAAAGCAAUAACAGUUGCGGGUGAGUAGAGUAGGAGUAGGCAUGGAAUUUUGGAUUAAUUUGUUGUGUAUCCAAUACGAAAACGCCAAUUCCGCUAACACAGCUGAGCUGCUCCGCUAUUUCCCUUCAAUUCCCUGGAAUACAUUAUUUUUUAAUUGUAUUUCAGUGAUUAUCAGGUAAGGUGGAUGAAGAGUUAACCGCUGGCUCGCAGCCAAUUGGAUUUAUUCAGUGCUGACCCAUGGGAGCAGUUGGGCUGACGGCAAUUUCAUUUCUGGGAGGAAUUGGAAAAUGGCUCUUGAUGUUCGCACUGAUUCAUCAGAUUAUCGUAUGGAGCUUCUUUCUCCAGCUGCCACUCCGGUGGCAGCUGGGGAUAGUGAAAUUCUCACACGGGUCCCUUCAUGGCGCCUCAAUUUUAAUGAACAUCGCCUACCUCAAAGACGUGCUGAUGCUCAUUCUGGAUUUGGAACGAUUCUUCAAUCCUUGAGAAGGCAAAGGAAAAUUAGACAAUAUUACAAGAGGCAAGAAGAGCUUCUCAAAGGUUUCAAUGAAGUGGAUGAAUUCCUUGAGUUAGGUUACUUGCCAGGAGCUUUGUCAGAGGGUGAAAUGAAGCAAGCUGAUAGAAGGGAAAAAAUAGCCAUUCAUGCAUCUAACAUAGCCAACUUUGUGCUCUUUGUUGCAAAAGUUUAUGCUUCUGUUGAGAGUAGGUCAUUAGCUGUGAUAGCAUCAACAUUGGACUCACUCUUGGAUCUUUUAUCAGGAUUCAUCUUGUGGUUUACAGCUCAUUCUAUGAGCAAACCAAACCAAUAUAGAUAUCCAAUUGGAAAGCAGAGGAUGCAACCAGUGGGAAUUGUUGUGUUUGCUUCAGUUAUGGCAACCCUUGGAUUGCAAAUAUUGUUUGAAUCCGGUCGACAACUUAUCAUGGGGACUCAUCCUGAAAAAGAUGCGGAGAAGGAAAUGUGGAUGAUAGGGAUUAUGGUAUCAGUGACAAUUAUAAAGUUUAUUCUGAUGCUAUAUUGCCGGCAAUUCAAAAAUGAAAUCAUCAAAGCAUAUGCUCAAGAUCAUUUUUUCGACGUCAUUACUAACUCAGUUGGACUGGGAACUGCAGUUCUGGCAAUACACUUUUUCUGGUGGAUUGAUCCUGUUGGGGCUAUCAUUAUUGCUUUGUACACGAUGAGUACAUGGGCAAGAACAGUGAUGGAGAAUGUUGGGUCGUUGAUAGGGAGGACAGCACCAGCAGAGUACCUAUCAAAGCUGGUGUAUCUGGCUUGGAAUCACCAUGAAGACAUAAAGCACAUAGCAACAGCAAGAGCAUACAAUUUUGGGUCGGGGCGAUACUUUGUGGAGAUGGACAUAGUAUUACCAGGAGAGACAACGCUGAAUAGAGCACACAACAUUGGAGAGUCACUUGAAGAAAAGAUAGAGCAGCUCCCUGAGGUGGAGCGAGCUUUUGUGCAUGCAGACUUCGAGGCCGUUCAUCAGCCAGAGCAUAGCCAAAAAAAGACCAACAACAAGUGAAACAAAACUGGUUCCAUGGAUGGUGUGUAAUUUAUUUUGUUGUUAUACAUACAUACAUACUGUCUAGCUAGUGUGUAUUGUAUUGUAUUGUAUUGUAUUGUGGUGUGUGUCAUUUUUGCUUUAAUUAAUUUGUGCAUUAAUUAAUUGUUUGUUGGAGAUCAGAGCUAUAAACCCAGGUUUUGCGUUGAUAGUGGAAAGACUUGCAGGCAAGCAGAGGCAGGCGUUGUUGCUGCUAAUUUAACUCCCUCUAUCUAUCUAUCUAUUAGUAGCUUUUCAGUAACAUGAAAGAAAAAUCUAAACACUA